AUGUCGGUGACAACCACUGUCUCGUACGCACCGGAGCGCAAGUCGCACUCGCUCUCUUCGUUGCUGGCACCGGACGAUCUGGCUGCGGGACACAUCCUCCUUACCGCCACACGCCCGGCACACCAACCGCAUACCCCUCUCAAACCGCACCACAACCCGUCGAGCCAACGUCAGACCUCUCAAUCGUGCCAGCCGUCACAGCAAGCCCGAAGCGUCCGUCCAUCACAGUCGAACCUUCCCCCGUGGCUCAUCGUAGCGUGGGACUGCGCGUGGAAAGCACACUACAGAUUCACCGCCACCUUCGGCCUGUCCGUUAUGGAGCCCUGGGAGCGCGCGUUUACACUGCUACUCUUCGUCUCGUUGAUCGUACUCUUCGUCCUCGUCGCCAUCCAAGUGCCCGCUCUUACAGCUUUCGUGGUGGGCAGAGUGUCGGAUUACAUCCCCAACAUCUCAAGUGCUACCGCUGACACUGCUGGAAAGGUGAUCCAGGGGAAUGCGACCGGAGUGACGAGUCUCGCCAGUGAUCUACCAAUCGUCGAUGUGCAGCUCUGCCAAAGCGUAAUGCAGAUGCUCGCCGCGGAGUCGAAUGCAUCAUUUCCACUUGGUGCGAGGCAAGCUCGUCCCUUCCUCACCCCUUUCACACACUCCUAA